AUGAUUAACGUCCUUUUUUUCAAUAUAGAUUUGUUUAUGAAUUCAUCACAAUCAUUGUCAGAUGCAUUAAAAGAACUUAAUCAUCAACGAGUUUCACUAAUCUUAGAAAUAAAUACACUUCUUCUCCAGAAAUGUAUAGAGCUUCAAAAUGAAAAAAAUAUAGAAAAAGAUCAUUUAGAAACACCGGGAUCCACUAUGACAGGAUGUAUUCAACGUCUUCAAACAAAUCUUGCAUAUCUUGCAACAAUUGCAGACAAGUCCUGCAAAAAUGCCGAAACUUACAUUUAUAAAAACCCUAUGAUAUUUUCACCUCCAUCAAAUGUAUAUACACUCAUUGAGCCAUAUGCAAGAUUAAAAUCUCUUUUUUUUAUCGAUAAAUCUCCUAUAUCUUCAACAAUGGAUUUCUCUACUUCGUCCCAACUUUUAAAAAAUUCACCUAAUUUUUGCACAACAGAACAAUCCAAGUCAGGAAAUCUACACAAUAUAAAAUCCAACAUUAAUACUUUUUUUACAGAACAUCAAAAUGAAUGUACAAAUAUAUGUAGCCAACCACAAAUACAAAAGUUACCUCUAGCAACCGAACAACAUCAGCAACAACUUAUUCCUCAAAAACAUUUAACUCAAUUAAUUCAGAAUACAAAUACUCAUUGUCAACAUGCAGACUCAUCUUUUCAGCAACAAGAUUUUUUGAAUUAA